AUGUCCUCAUCCUACUACGUCACCCCAAGCCAGCAGCGCACGUUGCGCGCCUGUAUGGUCUGCUCCCUCGUCCAACUACACAGCAAAUUCAUGCGCGACGGCUGCCCAAACUGCGAUAACGUCCUGGGCCUCCGCGGCAACAACGACGCCAUCCAGGAAUGCACCUCGCAGGUCUUCGAGGGCCUGAUUACCCUGCGCGAUCCGUCGACGAGCUGGGUUGCCCGCUGGCAGCGGUUGGAGGGAUACGUAGCCGGGACAUAUGCUGUUAAAGUGACGGGAUCGUUGCCAGACGAUGUCAUUACGAACUUGGAGGAUUCGGGGGUCAGGUAUAUCCCGUACGUGUAUCUCCCUGGCUCCUGCGUGAGUGGUGAUACUGACCGGCUUGUAGGAGGGAUGGCAGUGCGUUGGAGGAGGAGGCCUGAGGUACUCGAGUUAUCAUCGGAGGUAGAAGUACAGUUUGCUUGGAUCUAG